UAGAGACAUUAUCAUUUAUUUUUGUUGGAUGUUUGAGAGAUCAAGAGUAACCGACAUUGUAUGGUGGCAAUAUUUUAUUUGCAGAAAGUACCAAAUGAUACUCUUGGGGUACCCAAUAAUUGGCCAUCUCCUCCACAUACCUCUAUUUGCUAGGGCUUGUGCAACUAUAGAGAGGAUAGAGAAAAGUAAGGAUCACCAUGAGCCCUCCACAACUCGAUGGAAAAGGCACAUACCCAUCCCCUCUAAGAAUCAACAAGGUCUCCCAUUUGAUUAAAAAACCAACAUCGCCGCCGUCAUCCGCCUUCUCCUUCUCCUCCUCCUCCUCGUCCGCUGCCUCCGCCGCCAAGCCUCCACACCGCCAACCGGUGAUAAUCUACACCCAGUCUCCCAAAAUCAUCCACACCCACCCGCGUGACUUCAAGGCGCUGGUGCAAAAACUCACGGGCCAAUCUCGGUCUGAUUUCGAAUCCGACCACCCACCUUCUCCGGCUAAACAAGAACCUCCUCCCACGACGGAGCCAUGCAAGAACCGUGGUCGGGUGGCAGCCGUAGCUAGCGAUGACACCGAUUCGUCAUCGAUGGUUACCGAUGAAAAGUGCAGUUGUAUGACGACAGUGAGGAGGAAUGUGCAGAUCAAAUCGUGUUUUCCGCCUCCUCCCACGACGGCUUUUUAUGAUCCUCCACCAAUUAAUCCAUGUUUCAGCGACAUGAACAUUCCAUUUUUUCCCAUCGCCAAAUUCUGACGAUGAUUUCUGUUCUUUCAGCAACUCAUGAUCACCCUUUUUUCCAGCAAUUACAAUGACUCUUUAGUUUCGAUGAAUAAUGACAUGAGAACCUCUAUCUCAUCAUCGUCUUCCAGCUUUGAUUGCAUCAAGGAGUUUCGUGAGUUUUGAAACUUCUUGCAAUUUUGGAUUUUUUGAAAUAAAGGAUGAGUACUUCAGGUAGUUUGGGUUCGUAAUUGAAAGAGAAUAGUUUUACAUGUGUACGUUUAUAUACUAAUAAUGUGGGUUUUUUCUUCCACCUUCAAGUUGAUUUGUUGCAGUGCCAUUCAAAGGGGAAGAAAAAAAAAAGAGUUGAUUUGUUACAGUUCUUUCUUCUUCUUUUUUGGAACCGCGCUUCAUUGCAGUUGAUAAGCCUGAACUUUGAUGCUCUGUUUUGAUGUGUGGAUUGUCGAAAUUAUUUUCGGCAUUACUCCUCAAAAAACUUGGAAAAAAGAGUGUUUGAUGGGCGGGUUGGAGAUGCUCUCACACUUGUUUGUGGAGGAGAAAUUGCAGGCGUAAUCUGGGGACAAACCUUUCAUUCCUAAUCUGGCGUGAUCCUAUGUACCGUUAAAUACUAGUAUGUCACAACGUUCCAUUCCUAUUCUUUUGCUUUGAAUUGGUUAAAUAUGCAAUCCAAAUCAUUUAUUUGACUCAUCGAGUU